UAAAAUUUGCGAAAUCUCACUAACAAUGGAAUCCUUAAAGCAAACACUUAGGGAGAAUAACAAGAGAUUUCAGUUGAAAAAGUUCUCAAUCCCCUCAGUUAAUCAGCGAAAAUUAGCUAAAGCCUUAAGGGCAAAGAAUAGUCAACCGACUCUAAAUACAGAGAUUGUCUUACCACAGAAUAAUUUUCAAAAUUUUAGGAAGAAGACUAAGUAAUGAUAGUAAGCUGAUGAAGCAGUCGUUCGAUCAUUCUAGCAUUGAAAGAUUCAAGAUCAACAGAAGACUCAAAGAUUUAUCUGAGAGUAAUAAAAAGAACUAAUGAAAUUCUCCGUUCUUUAAAGACAGAUGAUAUUCCAGGAGCUUUUAGAAAGAAAAUCAAUAUUCAGAACCCGAAGGAUAUCAUGACUAUAGAUGACAUCCCUGGAGCUAAACCAUCUAAGUUUAGGCAUCGAGGAUUUGAUAAGAAAAAGCUCAUUAAUAACGCAAAGUAUAAGAAUAUUUUUGAUAAAUUUGGGUCAAGAAAACUAGAAAAUACUAUAAAUAUUUCCGGCAUAAGAGAUCCAUUAGCAGCGAGCCGAGAAAGAAGGAAGAAUAUGUUCAAGCUAUCCAAAAUGUCAGACAGCGCAUAUGCUCCUCGAAACUUAGGGUGUUUACGUCUCAGUAGGAGAUAUUAUAAAGGAAUUUCCAAAUAACCAAUCUCAUAUGUCCGAAAUCAUGCGCGAAGCUCGUAACGAAGCCAACACCAGUCUCCUCAGCACUCACUCCAUGACCCUCCCUCCCCACGCUCCUAUCCACCACUCCAGUAUGGAGGUUCAGUUUCCUUCCCAGGCCAACAUCUGUAAUACCCUAGCUCGCUCACCAAGCCUUCUACCUCAGACUUUCUCUCAGUACAAAAUAGACCAAAAGUCGCCAUCACAGUUGUCAAAUUCUCCAAAUCCCCAGUUGAAAUUUGCCCAAAGAUUCUCAGUCAUGACCAACAAAUUUGAUGCUACUAGCAGAAAUUGCUGGAGCGAAGAAACCCUCUUGGGAAUUAUCACUCUAAUUUUUAUUUUUAAAGAGAAGUAA